AUGCAUCGUUGGUGUAGGCAGUUUUCAGAAGGUCAUCAAAGUGCUCAUAAUGAAGAGUGCAGUGGCAGACAGUCCCUCAUCAAUGAUGAUCUUGUUGAGCUUGUGCGGCAGCAGCUCGUGAUGGAGAACCGUCGCUUCACGAUUACGAAGCUGAGCAGCCAUUUUCUGCAGAUAUCACAAUCCUUGUUGCAAGAGAUUGUCACUAAGCACCUGCUGUUCAAAAAAUUGUGUGCCAGGUGGGUGCCGAAAAACCCGACAUCUGAACACAAAAUUGAACGCUCAGGAGCAGCACUGACAUUUCUGUAA